AUGCUUCACCUUGGUGAUCGUGAACUGCUGUUCCAACCCAGUGCUGGCAACAGCACCAGUACGGCUUUGGUUGAGCUGACUUCGGCUGUACGUAAUUUUGACCAUAGCACAUCUUCGUUCACCAUCUGGGCGAGGUUUGGUGAAGAGCUGAUGGAGAUAGGAUUUGCGCAGGAGAGUGAUAGGGACGAAUGGCAUGAACUUUUGCAGCAGGACACCUUCAACAAAAUCUCAUACCCCUCUAGUCUGUGUAUUCCUGGAUGCAUGAAGGCUGUUUCAGCUGGAGCUCAAGGGGUAGUAUGGUCUUUGGCCAAGGAUGGAAGAGUUUAUGCUUUGUCGCCAGAAUUCAGCCCAGUAUGUGGAGUUACUGCCGUGUCUCUUCCGCAAAAGACAGAAGUGCUUAGAGAA